AUGGGUAGCAGCCAGCAGGGUGGUGGAAACGAAUGGCGUGGGUCGGAGGUAGUAGGAGAAGUGCCAGCGAACCAGGAGAGGAUCGACCCGCGCAGAAAACUCUCGGAACCUAAGAGUCUGAAUUUCAUUCACUUGUUCGGUUAUUUAAUCCCGCUGAAUUCUUGUGUAGAAUGGUGGCCUUGGUGGUUACUUUUGCCAGGAUGUCUGGCAUCCUGGACGAAUUACAUCGAAGAAUAUGACGCCAUCAGAGUGGCCAGAUGUGAUGCCCGUUGCGGAAGAAAUUAUACGGAUGAGUGUAUGGAAACUUGCUUGGAUUCUAAUUAUACGAAACCUGGUUACUGCCCCGACCAGGCGUCCAUGUCACCGUUUGAAGCUGCUUGUUUAGUAGCCUGCGUCGACGAUUCCCGCUGCCCGGAUUUAGCCAAGUGCUGCAAACACGACUGCGGUGUCACUUGUAUGCAUCCUCUCGGUUUGGACAACAGAACUGACUUGCCGGCCAUUCCUGAACGCCUGCAAAUCAGACAACAAAAGAGUAAUUUCGUUGUGCUGACUUGGCGAGAUUCUAAAGAACCCGGCGAAGACGUGAGAUAUUUGGUGGAAGAACGACAUUUACUAGGUCCAAGAUACUUGGAAUCCAGAUUAAGUUCUUGGACAGUCCGACAUGUUUCGACGAAAUCGCACGCGGCACUUCAUGGUCGACUGAAAACUGGACAUUGGUAUCAAUUUCGUGUGGCAGCCAUUAACGGGAAUGGUUCCCGAGGAUAUUCUCAACCCUCCAGGCCCUUCAAAACAAAAGAGCCCCGAAGUCCCAAAGAACCGCAGAACUUAACGUUAUCCGGCGCGCGUCUAAUAGGUGGAAAAUUGCGUGUCACGCUCAGAUGGGUGAAACCAGCCUCAGAUGUGCCAAUUACCUUCUAUAAAGUAUUUUGGAGCCGUCUCGUUCAUGGUCCGACCAACAAUUCCAUUCUUGUUUAUCACAGAACUAUACUGAAAGAUAAGAACUGUUACGAGCUAAAGACUUUGGAACCGGACUGUCAGUACUUCCUUCAGGUGCAGGCAGUCGCGUUGUACGGAGGUCGGCGGUUGGUGUCUAGAAAAGCUUCGAAAGUCUUCAACAGCACGGACUACAUGGUAUACGCCGACCGAGAGAGACGUUCUCGCAGGUGCGAGCCGUAUCAAGCCAGCCUUCAAUUGCGACGUAUGACUUGUCAAUGCGGAGAGAUCAGGGCACGGUUGGUUUGGCCAUCACACCAUGAAGUGAAAGCGUACAACGUUUCUUGGAGAGAGGAGUCCUGUCCAUCAUCUCAUGAAAAACACCUCCAACAGAAGCAGACCUUCUGGAAAGUGACGCAGACACCGCAUCUCGACAUACGGCACCUACGAAAGGAGUGCAUGUACAGUGUUAACGUUCGUAAUAUUUUCGACGGCGAGAACAACAAGGAGCACGGCGUUAGUAUCGAGUUUUUCGCUACCGGAUGUCAGAAUGAAUCAGAUCGGAAUGACAAAAAGCAUUCACGCGGGAAAACAAUGCAAUGCAAAACUAAAUCACCGAGAAAGAAACGACAGUAUCCCGAAUUCUUUGUGAUAUAA